AGGGUUCCCCUACCACCACCCCCCGCCGCCGCCAUGAAGCGCAACCCCCGCGUCACGAGCUCCCGCCGGAAGUGCCGCAAGGCGCACUUCACGGCGCCCUCGUCCGUGCGCCGCGUGCUCAUGUCCGCCGCGCUCUCCUCGGAGCUCCGCCACAAGUACAACGUGCGCUCCGUCCCCAUCCGCAAGGACGACGAGGUGCAGGUCGUCCGCGGCACCUACAAGGGCCGCGAGGGCAAGGUGGUGCAGGUCUACCGCCGCCGCUGGGUCAUCCACGUCGAGCGGAUCACCAGGGAGAAGGUCAACGGCUCCACCGUCAACGUCGGCAUCCACCCCUCCAAGGUCGUCGUCACCAAGCUCAAGCUCGACAAGGACCGCAAGGCGCUCCUCGACCGCAAGGCCCGCGGCCGCGCCGCCGACAAGGCCAAGGGCAAGUUCACCGCCGACGAUGUCGCCGCCGCCGCCGGGGGUGCCACAGCCACCGGAGCCUCGCUCCAGGAGAUCGACUAAGUGCUUGCGCGCCUGGAUCUGUCUUGCCGGUUGCAAAAUUACUGCUCUCUCUAUCUAGCUUUUUAAGCACCGUGUCUUGUUAGGAUGAAAACUUGCUACUUUAUUCGUCGUAUCCAAGAGAGUUUUGGAACCUUUGAUGUGAAUCUAUCAUGUGGCUCUGCGUUUGAUUUUGAUAUCAAGACUUCAUUAUAUGGUUAA